GAGAAAAAUAGAACAGGGGAGGAAAACAGAACAAAGACUGGAAUCUCUCUCUCUCUCUCUCUCUCUCUCUCUCUCUCUCUCUCUGCUGUAGUACUGUGUGAUUGGGUUAAGGAAUAGGGGAAUUGAACUUUACAUACACUAACAGUUUCUCUUUCUCUGGGUUUUGCUUCUCACGACAUGGCGGCCUUGAGAACCACCGUUAAUAUGAUGAUGAGAGAAAUGUUCCAGAGCUCAAUACUCUCAAGAUCGAGGACAUUUACAUUGCUUCCGGCGACAACGUCCCUGAAGUCCGAUGGUACCUUUUGCCUUUCAUGCCGUGCAACUCGUCUUGGUGGGAUUCGUUGCAUGGCUUCAGAUUCCAGAGACGGCGGCAAGAAGGCGUCCGCCCGUUUGUCACAAGUUCAGCUGCUUCUGCAAGAAGCCGAGGAGAGAGCCCUUUCUGCCGGCAACGAGCCUACCGCCAAAAUUACGCUUGACCAUGUUACUGUUAGUUUUGCAAGAAGUGGCGGACCUGGAGGUCAGAAUGUCAACAAAGUCAACACCAAGGUGGACAUGCGAUUCAAUGUCAUGAAUGCAUAUUGGCUGAGUGACAGAGUCAGGGAGAGGAUUUUGCAAAUGGAAAAGAAUCGGAUCAACAAGGACGGGGAGCUUGUGAUUUCUUCUACAAAGACUAGAACACAGAAGGGUAACAUUGAAGAUGCUCUGGAAAAACUUCAGGAAAUUAUUAAUGCUGCUUCUUAUGUCCCACCACCUCCUUCGGAUGAGCAAAAGAAGAAGAUUGCCAAGUUGGCUGCAAUAGGGGAGCAGAAGAGGCUGCAAAGCAAGAAGGUCUUAUCACAAAAGAAGGCUUUUAGGAGAAGCAGAGAUAGUUGGGAUUGACAGAAUAAACAUAGGAUCUGCAUGCAUUUGAGGUUUGAAAUAUUAUGAGUUUGGUGUUAUUUGGCCUUCCCAUGUUCAGGCCGAAGUCAAGAGUCAUUAACCUACACCAUGAAUGUUGAACUGUUACAUGGACUGAAUACAGAGAAGAUUGUUGGCAGCUGAUGAGCUUAAACUAGUGGAUAUCCAACAUCGAGAAGAAUACCUUAAUGCUGCAAAGAAAACAAGAAUCAUCCUCUCAGAGAUCUCAAUCAUACAGUAUUAGAUGGCAUUGGUAUCAACCUGUUUAUAGUCCAACAGCUUUUAUUCAUUCUUCUUGUAUAAAUAUCAGAUUUUUUUAAAAACUGGAGUAAUAUUAUACUAUUGUCAAGAAAAGAGAUUUUCCAAUA